AUGAACACCAUAAAUAUGAGCAGCUGCCAUUGUCAACCUGAGUACUUUUUGCUGAUGGGGAUUCCUGGCUUGGAGAACCAUCACUUCCUUCUUUCUAUUCCCUUCUGUGCUAUGUACCUUCUGGCACUUGUUGGAAACAACCUUUUGAUAUUUAUCAUAGCGACAAAUGAAAGUCUCCACCAGCCAAUGUAUUUUUUCCUAACCAUCUUGGCUGUUACUGACCUCUUUUUGUGCUCCACCACGGUGCCAAAAACACUCACAAUAUUUUGGUUUGGUUCCCAUGAAAUCUCUUUUAAUGAUUGUCUCACUCAGGUCUUCUGGAUUCAUUUUAUUUUUGCAGUUGAAUCAGCCAUAUUGUUAAUAAUGGCUUGUGAUCGGUUUUUUGCAAUAUGCAAACCCUUGACAUACUCAGCUACCUUCACGCCUUCAUUCAUAAGAAAGUUACUCAUUAUAGCAUUGGUGAGAGGCAUCUGUAUCAUAACGCCAUUUGUGUUUCUUCUGAAAAGGUUACCAUUCCACAAAAGUAACAUAAUAUCACAUACGUACUGUGAGCAUAUGGGCGUGGCCAGGCUGGCGACAGCAAAUAUACGGAUUAACGUGGUGUAUGGGCUUAUUAUAGCUUUUGGUUCAACAGGAAUAGACUUGAUACUUAUUGCUGUCUCAUAUGUAGUUAUUAUCAGGACGGUUGUGAGACUUCCCGCUUCAGAAGCUCGUUACAAGGCCUUUAAUACAUGUGUGUCCCAUAUCUGUGUCAUCCUCAUGUUUUAUCUUCCAGCUUUCUUUUCUUUUAUAGCACACAGGAUUGGUCACAAACAUAUCCCUCCUCGUGUCCACAUCAUGUUGGCCAAUCUCUAUGUCCUUGUACCGCCCAUGAUGAACCCACUAAUCUAUGGAGUUAAAACAAAAGAAAUUCGACAAAAGAUUAUAAUGCUUUUUUCACUUUUUUCAUAUAUACCCUUAAUAUAUUUGAAGGUUCCUACCAUAUCAUGUCUUCAUUCUCCCCUUUAA